CAGAGGAAGAGAGAAGAGAAAGAGAGAGGGAGGGAGGGAGGAAGAGCCACCCCCGUGGCCCAGACCACUGGCCAGCGCUCAGAAGACCGAGCAGCAUGUGGGAACUCCGGUCCAUAGCGUUCUCCCGAGCCGUGCUGGCCGAGUUCCUGGCCACGCUCCUUUUUGUCUUCUUCGGCCUUGGCUCAGCCCUCCAGUGGGCCAGCUCCCCACCCUCUGUGCUCCAGAUCGCCGUGGCCUUUGGUCUGGGCAUCGGCACCCUGGUUCAGGCUCUGGGCCAUGUCAGCGGGGCCCACAUCAACCCUGCUGUGACUGUGGCGUGCCUGGUGGGUUGCCAUGUCUCUUUCCUUCGAGCUGCCUUCUACGUGGCUGCCCAGCUGCUGGGGGCCGUGGCCGGGGCCGCGAUCCUCCACGAGAUUACCCCAGUAGAAAUCCGCGGGGACCUGGCUGUCAAUGCUCUCCACAACAAUGCAACAGCCGGCCAGGCGGUGACUGUGGAGCUCUUCCUGACCAUGCAGCUGGUGCUGUGCAUCUUUGCCUCCACCGAUGAGCGCCGUAGUGACAACCUGGGUAGCCCAGCUCUCUCCAUUGGUUUCUCUGUUACCCUGGGCCACCUCCUUGGGAUCUAUUUCACCGGCUGCUCCAUGAAUCCAGCCCGCUCCCUGGCUCCAGCAGUUGUCACUGGCAAGUUUGAUGAUCACUGGGUCUUCUGGAUCGGACCCCUGGUGGGCGCCAUCCUCGGUUCCCUCCUCUACAACUACCUGCUGUUCCCCUCGACCAAGAGCCUGCAGGAGCGCCUGGCGGUGCUCAAGGGCCUGGAGCCAGACACCGACUGGGAGGAACGCGAGGUGCGGCGGCGGCAGUCGGUGGAGCUACACUCUCCGCAGAGCCUGCCGCGCGGCAGCAAGGCCUGAGCGCCCUGGCAGCGCAGCGCAGCCGGCCGACGGCUCGCCCCCUCCCUCCCCCUGGCCCGCCGUCGGUUCCCAGUGCAGAGUAGCUAGCUGCUCCUACGCCUGCGAGCGCGGUGAGCCUCAAGAAGGUGCUCGCCCGGGAACCUGACAGUACCUCGGCCCCGAAGCCCUGGCCCCAGCUACCCUCGAGCUCGCCCCUUGCAGGGAACCAGACACUUGGGGACCGUGGCAGUGGGGAGGGAAGGCAGGCGGGCGGGAGACGGAGAGCUCUGGAGAGCCCGCUCUGAUGCCUGAGGAGAACUGCAUAGAGACCACCCUGGGGGCGGGGGGUGUCUGUGGUUAGUGCAUCUAAUUUUAUUAGGGUGUAAAAGUGCUCGUCCAUCUCCGCGUGUUUCUUUACUCGCGUUCAGAGACUGCAUGUCACUGAGCGUGACCCCGAGUGCCCGUGGUGAUACAGGGCUGGGGACUUUCAUUCUUGUUUUGGCCUUCUCCUCCUGUACCUGCAAUAAAUCCACUUCCUCUGCUA